AUGGGUAAUGGUAAUAGUCAAAUAACAAUUAAAUUUGAUAGUUCACAAUCAACAUUUUUUACUGGUGAUAAUGUUAGUGGAACAGUUGUUUUAGAUUUAACUGAUCGAACUAAAAUUGAUGAAGUAUCUCUUACAAUGACAGGAGAAAUUGGUUAUACAACAAUACGUAUGGUUCGUAUUCAAAAUGGUCAAACUGAACGUAAAACAGAAUAUCAUGAUGUACGUAUAUAUGGAACAAAAAUAAUAUUGGCACAACCACCACAUGGUCAAGAUGAAAUUCAACUUGAUCCUGGUCAAUAUAAAUAUCAAUUUAAUAUUCAAUUACCCGAUAAAUUACCACCUAGUUUGCAUGAAACAGAUUAUCCCUAUGUAAAAUAUUUUCUACAAGUUCUUGUUGAUAAACCAUGGUACAAACCCGAUAGUAGACAACGUAUUAAUUUUCGUAUAUUUCCUCGUGUAAAUUUGCUACAAAUAUCUAAUGCAAUGUCUGUACUUAGAUUUAAUAGUCAAAAUCGAAAAGAUAUUGUUUUACAUGGUACAUUAGAAAAAGCGAGUUUUGUUCCUGGUGAAAUAAUAACAUUAAAUUUAAAUAUUCAUAAUCAAAAUCGUAUUACAAUUAAACAUAUUGAUGUUUUUCUUAUUCAACGUUAUAUUGUUGAAACAUGUCGACGACGACGAAUUUUAUUUCGUGUCACCAUUCCUCAUAUAGAAAAUAUAAAUGACGAACAAAUUAAAGAGACAUGUUGUAUAAUAACACCAACAUUAAAUAUACCACCAACCUAUGAAUAUCAUAGUACAAAAACUCGUACACCUGUACAUGUAUCAAUUCAUUAUGAACUAAAAUUUGAAGUCAAAGUUAAAGGACUUUUUGCUGAUUUUGAUCUUACAAUACCAAUUACAUGUGGUACAGAUCCUCAACCACGAGAACAUGAAACAGAAACUUUAACAUGUUUAACACCAGAGCCAAAUGAUAGAUUUGAUACCAUAAUUGAUGAUGAUGAAGAAUUACCUCCAAGUUAUGAAUCUAUUUGUGAUUAA